AUGGAGCACCCCCAGGAGCCUGCCUUCCACGUCCACAUUCAGGGUCUAUUGAAGGAAGAUUCUUACUACGUGCUCGUGAGCCCGGAUGACACCGUGCAAGAGCUAAAGGCCAAGGUGCCACAUGGCUCUGAGGAAGUGAAACUGGUUCACGCAAGCAGACUGCUGGAAGAUGGCAGGACCCUGCGAGACUAUGCAAUAACUCCCAACAGCACCAUAUAUCUUAUAAGAAGUCUUCGUGGUGGUGGUAGUGUGAGCCCUCCAGAAGCUCUUCCUUCAGCAGGGCAUGAUGAUGACGAUGAUUUGGUCAUCGCUCAAGGUGUUUUUCCUUCAGGACAGCCACAGCGAGCUGGACUUUUCACCCCAGAAACAUGUCUGCGCUGUGUGAGGAAGCCCCUUCCAAAGAUGACACCAGAGGAGAUCCAGAGCUUUAGGAAUGACAACCCCAGCUAUCGAGCUCACCUUCCCGGAGCAGGCUCCUUCCAGUGCUCUGUGACAGGCCUUGGCUUUGAGGUGAGCUCAGCGGUGAUCAUCUGGUACAAGUAUGGCUCCUGGGACGAUCACCUGGGAGCCUCUGCCCAGGAGGAAUGCGUGGUUGCUGGACCCCUGUUCUCCAUCAGAGCGCAGCCAGGAGCGGUUCGUGCAGUGCAUCUGCCCCACUUCGUGUGCCUGGCAGAAGAUGUAGAUGUCAGCGAGUGCAGAAUUGCCCAUUUUAAAGCUGGGAGCAUGACCCUAGAGAAACCAACAAAACUGACUCCUUUCUACGCUGUCCUGGGAAACCCCAGCUUCUCACUGCUUGGGGUGGUUUGGCGAAGGUUCCGUUCAGCUUUAAUUUCACUUCCCAUGCAUUCCUUGGUGCUGAUCUUUCAGCAGCUCAAUGCUGCAAAAACAACUCUUCACCUCUACCUGAUCCCAGAUGACAACUCUGUGAAGCAGGCCAUUGAAAAGCAAGAGAUGAACUGGAAUUCCAAACUUAUUCCCAAGCCUUCUCCCCUCAAUCCUCUGUUCUUUGGCUGCACGUACGAAGUUUCCAGUACGUCUCAUGUGGAGAUAACACCUGAACCACACUUGCCAUUCUGCUACAAGAGUCCAAAGGAACAGCAGCUCUUCAUUGAGAUCUACAUCAAGAAUAUGGCAGAGGAAAUUUGGCUCCUUAUGACGGACAUACGCAACAACAGCCUGGUCUGGAAGGUGUCCCUGAGGUCAGGUGACUGUCCUGACCUGGAGAGCUUCCAGGAUCUUGUUGCAGAUCGGACUUCUUCUCCUCCUGCCACUGCCUCCUGGUCCUCCUCAGGUGCAGCCUUCGUGAGGAAGCACAAGAAGCAGCUGUGUUGUAGGAUGGGGAGGGUCUCCCCUAUUCUGCUGCACUUGCAGGAUGCCAACAUUAUCAACAGCGAUGAAGAAGAAGAGGUACGAAGCCAAAACACACGUCAAAAGAAGAACAAAGUUUUGCUGCAGCUGGUUGAAAGAAAAGGUUGCAUGGCCCAAGAGCAGCUCUACAGUAUUCUCCAGGAGAAGGACCCGUUCCUCGUCAGAGACUUGCAGAAGUCCAGCUAG